GGCGUCUAUUGACGCGUCUCUCCAGGUCCAGUUCCUCAAGGCUUUGCAAAGUCCCUACCACUUUGUCAGGGUCUUGUACGGAACCUAUUCAGAUAAUCGUUCUCCAAACUCCCGGUACUCAAGACGUCGAAUGCCACCAGGACCAGCUUUCAACUGGUUUUGUGUCGCUCAUUCCGUCCUUGACAUACUUUCUCAUGCGGCCCAAAUCAAAGCUACUCAGUUAGCUGCAAGAACAGUUGUUGCAGCGGAAACGUCUCAUCCUAGAAAGUGGAGAAGAGUGGAGGAACCUGUACCGGAAGAUGCGAUAUUGAAGGCGACCCCAUCUACUGAUUAUAUGUCCUAUGUUCGCGAUGGACUUGAAGCCGAGGAGCUAGAUGUUCAGGGUAUACUUCAAGAAUCGAGAAAUACCCUGUAUCUACCACACCUUGUCGUCCCUUCGAUACCUUUCGCACGUUACGAUGCAACAUUUCCACCACUGCCCGACACCAUUGUUGAUCAAGCAGCGUCCUCCGCGAGCCCUGGAUUAACGUCUGAAGCACUUGGUCCAAGUGGGCUUGGCGGAGAGUCAGUUCAACUAUCUCACAUUGAGUCAGAGUUGUCUGAUGGUAGAGGGAAUAUUCGGCCAUCUUCUGAUUCGCUAGAUGUUGAGACGCUACAAGAUUCGUCCGCUUCCGUAUUGACUUCCGAGGACAUUCCCACCCCUCUUGGGCGUGUAAGUCAAACUCCCAGCGAGGAAGCAUCGGCCGGACUGCUAAAUAGUUCCGAGUCUAUAAACCUGGAACCUCGUCCUGCAAGGAAGUUACAGUCGUCAAAAGUACCCUCAUCACGUCUCGGUCGUCUAUUUCACUAUGGAGGUCUAGCCGCCUCAUUAGGAUAUGGCGCAGCCUCCGAGCUGAUACGCCGCUCAACAUCGUCUUCAGACGGCCAGGCAUCUUCGUCUCUCAUGAUGACAGAGGGUAACAUCAAACGCCUUGUGUCGAAACUUACACAAAUGCGUGGUGCUGCUCUGAAGCUUGGGCAAUUCAUGAGUAUCCAAGAUAGCCAUGUGCUACCGCCUGAAAUAGAAGACAUCUUUCGGAGGGUACAGGACAGUGCACAUUACAUGCCGGACUGGCAGAUGGAGGAAGUUAUGCGCACUUCUCUAGGACCCUCAUGGGCCUCACAUUUUGCGUCGUUUGACCGUGUCCCAUUCGCCGCAGCCUCAAUCGGUCAAGUCCACUCCGCCACUCUCGCCGCUUCGUCUUCGCCUACGGGCAAGGACGAACCCGUAGCCGUGAAAAUUCAGUUUCCCAACAUCGUGAAUUCUAUUGAGAGUGAUUUGGGCUACGUCAAGUUGCUGCUAACGGCAGGAAGCUUGUUGCCCAAGGGCCUGUUCCUGGAUCGCACUAUCGAGGUGAUGAAGUCGGAGUUAGCGGAUGAGUGUAAUUACACUCGUGAAGCAUCCUUUUUGCGUAAAUUCGGCCAGCCAUCUUUUCUUGGUUCAGACCCGUGGUUCAAAGUUCCCUGGGUAUGGGAGGGGAGUACUGAUAAUGUCCUGGUCAUGGAACGUGUCGAGGGUGUUACGGUUGGAGGACGUGUGAUUAACAGAUUAUCUCAACAAGAUCGUGACGACAUUGCUAGUCGGAUCAUCGACCUCUGCUUGAAGGAGCUGUUUGCAUUCCGAGUGAUGCAAACGGAUCCGAACUGGACAAACUUCCUCUGGAAUGCACGAACUCGUCAAAUCGAGUUAGUCGACUUCGGCGCAACACGCGAAUACUCGAAAGAAUUCAUGGACAACUGGCUUCAUCUCCUCCAAGCAGCCGCAUCCGAAGAUCGUAACGCCUGUAUCGAAUGGAGCCUGAAGCUCGGUUACCUUACAGGCCAAGAGAACGAUAUAAUGCUCGAUGCCCACGUCAAGAGCAUGUCACUUCUCGCAACUCCAUUCAAACCAACCACGCCGCAACCAUUCACGUUUGGUCCCGGAUCGACGUGGGCUGAGAUCACGGCUGAGAUUAGGGCGCAGAUUCCGGUUAUGUUGAAGCAUCGACUGACACCUCCACCUCGGGAGACGUACAGUUUAAAUAGGAAGCUGAGCGGCGCGUUCCUCCUGGCUGCUAGACUGGAUGCCAAAGUCGACUGUAGGGAACUGUGGGAGAAUGUCGUUAGCAAGUAUCAAUUUGGGCCCCUUCCAAAUUCAACUUCAUGACCACCCUUGAGCUUGAAGGCGGGAAAGAAAAUACAAGAUGUACGGGUCAAAUCAAAUGAAUACCAUACACACCACUCUACAAUUUCUAGAAUAUAUACAUAUUAGAUGGAGUUGAAACCUCUAAUAUACUCGGUACUAGUGAUAGUGUGGGUGGUAGUCUCUAUGGGUGUGUGGACUGAUG